AUGUUUAAGCGCUCUUUCAGGACGAAUGAUCGCGUGGAGAAGACCGUCAAGUUGAAGAAGACCAGUAGGGAUGUUGCGAAGCUGGCGAAAUUGAAGUCGUCGUUCGAGCAGAGUCCAACUCUCACCUCGCGGAUUGUAACCUUUACAGUCGGCAAGGAAGGACGAUUGUUUGCGGCUCACGAAGAUGUCUUGGCCUUGUCGCCGUUCUUUACGACGGCGUGCAGAGGUCAGAUUCGUCAGUCGCAGAGUAUGAGGAUCGAUCUCCCAGACGAAGAACCGGAGGUCUUUUCGUGUGUUCUUGAGUACUUAUACAAGGGCGACUACUACCCCCGCUUGGUGCACAACAAGCGCAGAAACUCUUGGGAACUCGAGGAUGCCGAAAAGUCUCCAAACCCAGAAAACCCAGGUGGCCGCGGAUCCGUCGAGGCCACAACUUACAUCUCUAGCGUGGGACAGGACCUUUUAAGGGACACCGUCAUAUAUUGUGCCGCUGAAAAGUACGGCUUGGAGGAGCUCAAACGACUCUCGCUUCGAAAGCAAGGUCUACAGAGUGGAAUCGAAGUUGCUACGAUUCUUCAUAGUGCACGAUAUGCGUAUGACAACACGCCGGACUCGGACUCGCGCCUUCGCGCUCAUUAUCUCGCCUUGAUUAUUAGAUGUCGCAAGACAUUUAAAAGGAGCGGAACCAUGCAGACAGAAAUGGAGAGUGGCGGUAAACUUUUCUUUGACCUUUUCGUAGCUCUUUGCAAUCAUGUCGAUGAUAUUGUGGAUAUGGGCAACGCCCGUUCCCCCAUGACCAUCUAA